AUGGCUGGGGGAGGGCGUGCUCAGGAUCGAGCUCUGAUUGGUCCAUUCAACCUGCCAGAGGUCGCGUGUGUUGGGUUGGGAUCUGACUGGAUGCUUAAAUUCGCUCGAACGAUGACUGGGGCCUUAGUCCUGGAGAUUAUUGUACCAGUAUGUGUUGAAUUCAAGACGCCCGUCCGGCAUUGCACGUGCCCUAUAUACAGUCCUCUUGUCAACACCGCAGCGCCGCAGGCCAGGAACUGGAGCUACCAUAUCCAGCUCGUUGUGCAACUGGUAGCGGUGUGUUUUGACCAAGGGGCUCAAGUAGGAUGCAGAAGUACUCAACAGCGUAUUCUCAAUGUCCUUUCGCAAACGUCCCUGGUCCAGGAGGAAGAUGCCUCCGCAACUCUCCGUGCCCUCUUUGAGGUUCUUUUGGCUUAUUAA